GAGCUGCAGCUCGCCAUCUCCGAUCCUUAAAUCACCCUAUAUCUUACUUUCAAAUGUUUGGAACUCUCACUCUCCGAUCAAAACUUGUUCCUUUUGCUCAAUCCCCACCUUCGAACAACAUCGCUGCAUUGGCGUCCAUUGACUCCCUUCGGUGCUUCUCAUCUCGGACUACUGGUUACUCUGGAAGUGAAGAUGACGAAGAGGAAGAUGGAAGUGAUGAAAGCGAAGUAGAGGAUAGCUGUGAUGAAGAGGAUGGAAGCGAGAUGGGUCCGAAGCUUGUGGCUAGGAGUGGUAAGUCGGAGGCUGAAAAGGUGAAGGAGGCGGCUUCGAUCGGGUACUCGGUAAUUGGGCCACUCAUCUCAUCCGAAAACCCCUUCAAGCCGUACGAGCCGAUCUUUGCUGUUGUUCAGAUUGGUUCGCACCAGUUCAAAGUUAGUAAUGGUGACUCCAUCUUUACCGAAAGACUGAAGUACUGCGAGGUUAAUGACAAGCUGAUUCUGAACAAGGUUCUCAUGAUGGGCUCAAGAACCGAGACUAUCAUUGGUAGGCCUAUAUUAACUGAAGCUGCUGUACAUGCCGUUGUUGAAGAGCAUGCUUUAGAUGCGAAGGUAAUCAUCUUCAAGAAGAAAAGAAGAAAAAACUACCGCCGAACUAAGGGUCAUCGCCAGGAAUUAACGAAACUGAGAAUAACUGAUAUCCAAGGAAUUGAUAAAUUAGAUAACUUCGCAGUUGCUUCGUAGCAUCAACCAUUCGUUAUCAAGAACGCUACAGAGGGAAGCUUGUUAGCUGGUUAUGUAUCUGUAAUGGCGUUUCUGAUAAAGGAUAGUAACAUUUCUAAUUAUUUUUGUGUUUGGCCAGCUUGUUCAAUAUCUUCAAUUCAUGAAAGCUAGUUUUUUAUGGCUUCUGGGCUUUGGUUUAUUUGGCCACUUUCAUUUGCAUAUAAUAAUUCAUGAGGAAGAAAUUUGUAGAAGGAUAAAGGAUGUUCCUGUAGUUAAUUUGUUUAAUUUUCAUGA